AUGUAUGUGAAAUCUGGCUGUUUAGAGAAGGCAUGCAUAGUUCUCGAUGCAAUGGACAAACAGACGAACAUUGUUCCAGAUGUUUAUCUGCUUAGAGAUAUGUUCCGAAUUUAUCAACAGUGUGGUAUGCUCGAUAAAUUGCAAGGUCUUUACUACAAAACCUUGAAAAGUGGAAUCAUAUGGGAUCAGGAAUUGUACAACUGUGUGUUAAACUGCUGUGCUCGUGCUUUGCCAGUUGAUGAACUCUCAAAAGUUCUUGAUGAGAUGCUUCGACAUGGGUUUGCUCCUAAUACUGUCACUUUUAAUGUGAUGCUUGAUGUUUAUGGAAAAUCUGGGCUUUUCAAGAGGGCAAGGAAAGUAUUUUGGCUGGCUAAAAAGCGAGGUCUAAUUGAUGCUAUCUCUUACAAUACAAUGAUAGCUGCAUAUGGGCAGCAUAAGGACUUGAAGAAUAUGUCAUCUACUGUGAAAAAAAUGCAAUUUAAUGGCUUUUCAGUUUCCCUUGAAGCCUAUAACUGUAUGUUGGAUGCCUAUGGGAAAGAAGGUGAAAUGGAGAAAUUCAGAAAUGUCUUGCAGAGAAUGAAGGAAUCUAGCUGUGUUUCAGAUUCCUACACAUACAAUAUAAUGAUUAAUAUAUAUGGAGAGCAAGGAUGGAUUGAAGAAGUGUCUGGCAUUCUGAUGGAACUGAAACAAUUUGCACUUGGGCUUGAUUUAUGCGGUUAUAACACAUUAAUAAAAGCAUAUGGAAUUGCAGGAAUGGUUGAAGAGGCUGUUGCUUUGGUUAAAGAGAUGAGAGAAAAUGGUAUAAAACCUGACCUAAUAACCUAUUAUAAUCUGAUCAAUGCACUGCAAAAGAACGAUAUGUUUCUAGAAGCUGUCAAGUGGUCCUUGUGGAUGAAGCAGACAGGACUAUCUAAUUAA